CAACUAGGUUCAACAGUUGACCGCCCAGUAUACAUUCGAACGCAAUCUGCUUGCAUAACAGCGCGUCCCCUUUGCUUGCUGAAUGAACAUCAUUCAAGGGCACCAUUUCGAAAGCAAACUGGUCAAUUUUGACUAACCCGUCGCAACCGGCCGGGAAAGCUGCAGCGGUGGAACAUUUUCCCACCCGCGCUUGUGUUUUUUUCUCGUCGCCAAACAGAAAAAACUGAAUCAGCUGAUCGAACGCAAUACGUAAACGAGCGGAACGGGAAAAUCAAAACAAAGAAGUGAAUCCAAAGCAAAGGCAAGGAAAACACGUUGUCGAAAUUUCCGAUGUGACCCCCAGCGCGCAUGAGCAAAAAUUCAAGCACUCUUGUGACCUGCCAGAAGACCAUUAUCAGAGGAGAAGCAGAAGUGAAAUUGAUUUCCACGGCUUGACAACCAACUCAAACGUUGGUGGAGGACUGCGUUUUUUAGAUUUCGAUACUUUAUUAGUGCCAUUUAGAAGAGGUCUCAAGUGACAGACACUGGAGACAGCAGAGAAAAUGUGCUGAACGAUCAAAUCAAGCUUCUUUAGUUGUAACUAAGCUCAGGACAAGCCCUUUAUCACAGCAUUUGCUAGUUUUGAAAGAAAAGGGCUUUACUCAUAAGUUUUCGUUUCGGAAAACCAGCUCAGAGUACUAGCGCAGUGAAAACCAUCUAAAUCUCUUCUAAAGUGCCAGAUCUAUCGCAGAAAGAAGAGAUAGUACAAUACUACUGAGUAAAGAUGGCCACACUGUUGCGAGCUUUUUCCAACAUUUUCACCAAACAUCCUUUGGCGGGAAAUGGUUUGGUAUAUGGAAGCUUGUACGUGGGGGCGGAAUUUUCCCAGCAAACCAUCACGCGGAAAUUCCUGACCGAACCCCCGCAAGAUAUUGACAAACCAACGCUAGGCCGAUACGCAAUCAUGGGAACCUUCAUCUACGCUCCGAUCCUCUACAAUUGGUACAAAUGGCUGGAUAGAUCCUUCCCUGGGACUGCUAAACGCAUUGUCGUGAAAAAGCUAUUGCUGGAUCAGUUCGUGCUGACGCCACCACUGUUGGUACUAUUCUUCACAGGUAUGUCACUGAUGGAACGACAGUCCAACAUCCUGGAGGAAUGCAAGCAGAAAUUCAUGCCAACCUUCGCCCGGUCCUGCAUUUUCUGGAUCCCCGCGCAGACACUAAACUUUCUCAUGGUGCCUCCGAAAUUCCGCGUCGUGUACGUCGGUACCUGUGCCUUCGCCUGGGUCAACAUACUGUGUUGGGUCAAGCGGCAAAAAAUCGUCAGCAACAAGGUGGACGCUUUCGGAGCGCAGUAAAUCCGGUUGAAAAUUCAAUAACUUAGCUAGGCAUUUUUACUAACCAAACGAAUUAAACGUUUUAUGCAUUUUCUAACUUUCUCCAGAUGAAAUGUUACAGCCAUUUAUUAUCGCCGCCCAGCGCAAAGAUAGAUUUUAAAACAAGAAUAUUUUUCCCCCGAAUAAAAUAUGGAAUCUUCCUAAAGUCAACAAAGCGAA